UACAAUGAUGUGCAUGUGAACUUUACUCAAGAAGAAUGGGCUUUGCUGGAUACUUCCCAAAGGAAUCUUUAUAAAGAUGUGAUGCUGGAGACCUACAGGAACCUCACUGCUAUAGGCUACAGUUGGGAAGAUGAUAAUAUUGAAGAGCAUUGUCAAAGUUCUAGAAGAUAUACGAGACAUAAUAGAACUCACACUGGAGAGAAACCUUAUGAAUGUAACCAAUGUGGUAAAGCCUUUGCACGUAAGGGUAGUCUCCUAACACAUAAAAGAACACACACUGGAGAAAAACCUUAUGACUGUAACCAAUGUGGUAAAGCCUUUACACGUAACAGUCAUCUCCUAAUACAUAAAAGAACUCACACUGGUGAGAAACCAUAUGAAUGUAAGCAGUGUGAAAAGGCAUUAUGUUUUAGGGAAGGGAAUCUGUGGUUUGGGACAGUCACUAUGUUAGGGGAAGAGAAUAUGGAACAGUCAUGUUUUGGGAAACAAAAGAUGAAUCAUGAAAGCUCGUCAGCUAUUGGGAAGUCUGCAGCUUUCUUAGGAACAAUGAACUUAAAUUUAGGUUCACACUAUAUUUCAUUGGACACUGUUAUCUAA